GAGGCCAAGAAAAGUUAGGGCCUCGAGUUGAUAGUCAAGAUCCCCCUCGGUUAAACAAACGAACGAGUACUUGAGCUCAGUAAAUAUUACUAAGAAGAGGAGAUUUUGGAAUCAUUGGUUUGUUGCCAUUUAUAUGUCAGAUCAACUGUUCUUUGGCAAUGUUUUCCAGCCCCAGUACGUCCACACCCUUCUCGGUUAAGGAUAUAUUAAACCUGGAGCAGCACACUAGUGCUGAAGAUCUGGUCUCACUGGACAUCUCUCCACGGAUGGACUGUGCCUUACCGACCUCCUCCUGCAUGCUGGGCCGCCUGAAACAGGAGCCGCUUCGGGAGAUGUCGUCUGGAGGCUCGCUGUUUGGAGAGGAGCUCCAUGAGGCUAAAGACAACAGAAAUACUGCCCUCAACUUCGCCGCUGCCUUCUAUGGGAAAUCUUUCUUAGAAAUGGACAUUAAGGAUGGCAAGACGGACAGAUUUGAGGGGAAAUACAGAAAAGACAUGUCCUACAUCUCUCAGAGCGAGCCGGUGGUGGACCUGAAGUCAGAGGACCCGGAUCUGCCCACCAAACCCCGGAAGCGCAGGAAGCCGCGCGUGCUGUUCUCACAGGCGCAAGUGUAUGAGCUGGAGCGUCGCUUUAAGCAGCAGAAAUACCUGUCGGCUCCGGAGAGAGAUCACCUGGCCGGAGUGCUCAAACUGACCCCCACACAGGUCAAGAUCUGGUUCCAGAACCGCCGCUACAAGUGCAAGAGACAGCGACAGGACCAGAGCCUGGAGAUGGUCGGUAUCCCGCCGCCGAGACGCAUCUCAGUCCCAGUACUGGUCCGAGAUGGGAAGCCCUGCCUUGGAGACUCGACGACCUAUACUAGUUCAUAUAAUGUGGGCCUUAACCAUUUCACUUAUAACAGUUACCCAGCGUUCAGUAAUUAUCCCAGUCCUGGCUGUAAUAUGACCCAUGCGUGUGACUAUCCCACCACUGCGGUGCAGUCUAUCCAGCCCUCACAAAACAACGGGAAUUACAUCAACUUCGGCAUUGGGGAGUUAAAUAACGUUCAAAACACGUUUCCGUCCGGCAAUGGAGUGUCUUCUUUACAUGGAAUCAGAGCGUGGUGAACGAAGGGUCGAAAUAUAACAUUAUCGUCAGACAAAUUGUUUUAAAUUGCAUGCGCUUUUACAAUGGAUGCAUAGGCUUACUUGAGUGUUAUGUCGAUAUAUUCCAUGUACUGUACUUCGACUGGCAAACUCUUGAUGGAUGCUUAAACUAAAUACAUUUUAUUUUCAUUGGGUUACUAGUUUCUGAGAUGGAAUAGGGAGUUAAUUGGGAAGUUGUAUAUGAGAUGUAGGUAUCUACUUCAGUGGGGAGGGAAAAUAUGUAUACAAUUUGUCAGUGGACAUCUUACCCUCACUAUCACCGUUUUCUUUGAGGUCACAAAUGUACUAUAAGGCAUGUUUGUAGGUACUUAAUACACGUAUUAUAUGUAAAUAAAGCUUUUCUUUAUGUAAAUUAGAAUUUUUCUGCAUGAAUUUGAUAGGCUAUUUCACGGGGCGGACUACAGGACAUAUUCUGAGGCAGAGGUGGGAAAAGUACCCAAAUGGCAUACUGUAGUAAAAGUAAAGAUACCUUCAUAGAAAAAGUGAAAGUCACCCAGUUAAAUACUAUUUGAGUAAAAUCCUAAAGGUUUUAAAGAUGCUUAAGUAUCAAAAGUAAAUUAAUUACUAAAAUGUACUUUUUACUUUUGAGACUUAAGUAUAAAUCAUUUCAAAUUCCUUAUAUUAAGCUAAGCAGACGGACACGUUUUCUAGUUGUUUUAUUUUAUUUACAGAUAGCCAGGGGGGACACUCCAACACUCGGACAUCAUUUACAAACAAAGCAUGUGAUUAGUGAGUCCACCAGAGCAGAGACAGCAGUGAUGACCAGGGAUAUUCUCUUGAUAAGUGUGUGAAUUAGACCAUUUUCCUGUCCUGCUAAGAAUUCAAAAUGUAACGAGUACUUUUGGAAAAAUGUAUGGAGUAAAAAUUACAUACUUUUCUUUAGGAAUGUAGUGAAGUAAAAGUUGUUAAAAAUAUAAAUAGUAAAGUAAAGAUACCUCAAAAAACGACUUAAGUAUUACUUCAAAACUAUUUUUACUUAAGUACAUUAAACCAUUGUCCUGAAGGACAUUUUUUAAAUGAAUAAAUAUGAACAAACAACUAGAACGGGAUACAAUUAUAUCACCUGAUUAUUUCUAAUCAUCUUCAAUUAUUUAGAAAUGAUUUCUAAAUAUGAAAUGUAACUUAUCUACCAAUUAUAAUUUUAGGCCUAGUGCUUUCAUAGAACUAUAGCCUAUCACUACGAAUUCUAUCAACCAUUAAUUAUUUAAAAGGCUAAAUGUAUUAUUUUAUUUCUAAUAUUCAUUACUAUUACGCUUAAUAAAACAUGGAUUCGCCUACUUGUAUUGUAUUAUUAAUCCUAUAUAAUAAUAGCCUACAUUAAAAUCGUUACAAUACGCCUAGACGACAACAAUUGUCAAAUCGAUAAGGAAAUAAUGUUCAAGAUCACACAAUCUAAAGCAUUUAAAUCAUUUUUAACUUUACAACCAUUAAAUCUCCAGUGUUUUUUCUUCCGUUUCACGACUCACUAGCCUACAAAUUGAAUAAACACCAGGCCAGUCCUAGCACAUAAAGAUACCAUAUGUCAGUGUGUUUUAAUAUUAAGAAAAUCGUCCAUCACGGUAGCCUAUAGUAAUUGCCAUUGUCUAUAGCCAGCACACAUUACCAGUAAUCCAUGUCAAACAAUCUCACCCGCUACCGGUAAAGCGGUUCACGUAUGUUUAACGUCAGGUUAAACCAUUCAAGUGGCUAUUAGAGACCUUCAAUCUACUAUAACCGGAAACUAAAGUUGUUUUUUUAACACAACGACUUACCGGCCUCUCCAUAAAAUAUGUUUGGAGCAUGUCACGCAAUUUUGACUAAAUAAGACAAAUAUGUGGAGGGCUUUAGACGUUUCUUGUAUAUAGGCUAAGUCUAUAGGUCCGGACUACAAGGUCACGCCCAGUUAGACCUUCUUCUACAGGUGCAUGUCAGUCCCCAUUAGGCGAGGUCGUGAGAUAGCAUCACUGACAUAAUUUAAAUAUUUACAGAAAGGUCUGUGACCGUUCAGAAGGGUUGUGUUUAAAGUCCAUCAGACGUGUCGUCAGUAGAAACAGUUCAGUGUUUGGGGAAAUGCGUUCAUCAUCCUCAUCAUUAAUCAGACAGUUACCGCUGAUCCACAGUCAAAUUCUGAAAUCGCCCACAGGCCCCCAGAAAUACACUGACACAUGUAUUUUGAAACGGCACCGAAUAACCUACAAAACCAUCACUGCACACGCAGGCCCUAAAUUAAAACAGCAUUGUUUAAUGUGCCUGUAGAGUGGACAAGUAAUAGCCAUAAUAUUUGUUGAUACCUAUCAUUAAUAUGAUAAUUACAUGUUAGUAAUUUAACAGACACUUAUCCAGUGUCUUACAAAAUAUGCUGAUGAAAGGGAUUUAUAUACAGAGCCUUCAGAAAGUAUUCAUACCCCUUGACCUAUUCCAUAUGUUGGCCUUUCAGCCUGAAUUCAAAAUGGAUUCAAUAUAUUCUCACUCAUCUACACACAAUAUCCCAUAAUGAUAAAGUGAAAACAUGUUUUUUUUUUUUUUUAAAUGUUAGCAAAUGUAUUUACAAUGAAAUAAAGAAAUAUAACAUUGACUUAAUUAUUCAUACACCUGAACAUGGUUUUCCCUCUAUUAUUUUGCCUGUGCUUAGCUCCAUUCCGUAA